AUGCCACGUUCAAACGACGCACGGACGCCUUAUUCACUUGGUCGUUCGACAUCUGACUCCCUUCAAGCAGCCGCUUCAUUGCUGAGAUUUGUUGAUGACCCAGCCCGUACUGUUCAGCCAGGACAAGGACGUCGAGGCGAACAUGGCGUUAUCGCCAGCGGACGUGUUAUUCCGACCGAUGUCAGCCCCUCUCAACCCUCGACCAGCUCUCAUAGCGAUGCUAGCGUACCGACUGUUCAGAUGGCAUUAUCACCUCCUCGGACUUCACCUCGACCUCCUACUCCGGUAAGACGCGUUCUACGCCGGAAAGUAGGUGUCAUGCUUCCUACCCGUAUGCUCAAACCAGCAGGAGUAGGAAGGGAGGAUCGACCUGCUGUUAUCACGAGACUCUUAAAUGAGGCACGUGCAAUAAGACAGGAGGCUCCAACCGGCUGUCAUGUUUCUCCUAAGAGGGACGACAUCUUUCAAUGGGUAGCGGUAAUAGAAGGACCAGCCGACACUGUUUACGAUGGUGGCACCUUCUUCUGUAAUAUCCAUUUUUCCAUGAACUACCCGACGUUGCCGCCUAAGGUGGAGUUUCUGACACGGAUAUAUCACUGCAACGUUAACGCUCAAGGCGAGGUUUGCAUCGAUAUUUUGAAUGAGAAAUGGAAACCAACAAUGACCGUUCGAACGGUAAUGAUGGCGCUGAUGUCCCUUAUGUACAGCUGCAAUCCAGAUGAAGCUUUGGUAGCUUCCAUCGCCAAGCAGUAUCGUGAGAACCGUGCCGACUUUGACAAAAUAGCACGUAUAUGGACGCAUCGUUAUGCUACGUGA